AUAUCUCUAGCCGCCAUCCCAACAUCUGCUUGAAGAUGAGGUUACUGGAGGUCAUAUUGCAUCAUCAUCAACAUGGCGGCCAAAAUCGUCCAUAUGUUGCCCGUCGUGAAAAAGCAAGUGAAGCAACAUGUAAAGGUGGACGACCCGGGACCCCUGGGGUUCCUCCUGGGAAUCCCCAGCACCAAGACUGGCGUCACCACAGUGGUGGGGUUAGGCGCCCUGGUGGGGUUGGACGGUACUGCACUGCAGCAAGAGGCAGAGGACACCUUACUCCACCUGCCCGCAGGUAUACGGCUGAGUGGAGUUGCGUACACCUCUGAGAAACCACCUACACCUGAUUAUGUGUCCUCCCAGUGUUUGAGAUUUGUGCAGGCUGGACUAAAGGAUGUUAUUGUAACAAAUGAGUGGAUUGUACAGCAUAUUCAAGUGGACCCAACCACUGAGAGUGAAGGAGAUGCGCAGCUCUCAAAGGUGUUUGUUUAUGACUCUGCCAGUGGCAGUGCCACCACCGUUGAUGUGCGUGAGGUGGAAGAUUCCAUCCUCCCAUCUACCACCCUGUUGUUACGUCUCCAGGGGCAACUGUCACUCGAGUUUGAAUACAAUCCUGGAGAAGAUGAUGACAUGUUCAAGGCCAUUGAGGAGGGUUUCAGCAAUCUCCAGGAAAAGAUCGCGACUCCUGCCACCAUAUUCCACCUGAUGGACAGCAAUGUCCUCCUGCGACAGCACGAAACCGUGGACGCAACUUCGCUCCCCUUGUCUUACCAGGACCCCUGCCAUAGGUUACUGCAGUUUGUGGCAAGACCAGACACAGAGGAGUUGCCCAAAAAAGGAGGGAGCAAAGAUAGCAAAGGAAGAAGUAGCACACAGGAUGUGUUGAGUAUGCAGCUCCUGUUCCAACAGACUGGUCUGGAAGCCAUCGCCAUGUUACCAUCCUGUGUGCCUCUUAUACACUGGGAGAAAAGAAAUUUCCACAACGUGUGCCUGCCCGUGUCCAUCAAUGCGACUGCCUACAUCCACAGAGACGACCCAGUGUCCAGAGUACCCCAGCUCAUGGUGGAGGCUGUCAGCAGGCAGCUCAGGGGCAUGGAGACAUGUCUCAACAUGCACUUCCAGGGAGGCCAGUUUUGCGUGCCCACAGCCUACCACUUCCUAGCACCUGGCAUGCCACACCUGCUGACAGCUGUCUAUCCCAGCAGCCUACUUGAUGACAAGUUAGAAUGGUACAGGAAAGACCUACAUCAAAGAUUCUCCCUUCCUACGGACCGUCCUUUGUUGAGGAGACAAAAUGCCUAUGUUUUUCCUGAGGAUCAACAUGGAGAUAUAUAUUUGACAAACACACAUGAGGGGCUACCACCAUCUGGAGUGAAGGGUGAUGUAACCGUGGUGCAGGGCAGGUACACGUACCACCACUACAUGCAGGACCGUAUGAACGAUAGCGGCUGGGGCUGUGCCUACAGGUCCCUACAGACUAUCUGCUCAUGGUUCAACCUACAGGGGUACACAGACAGGCCUGUCCCAACACAUAGGGAGAUACAACAGGCACUGGUUGAUGUAGGGGACAAACCACUAAAAUUUGUGGGGAGCAGGAAGUGGAUCGGGUCCAUAGAAGUCAGCACAUGUCUGAACCAACUACUCGGGGUGACGUCCAGAAUAAUGUGUGUAAACAGCGGUGCCGACCUGGGGGGUAAAGGUCGUGAGCUGGCUCUACACUUCCAGACCCAGGGGACACCUAUCAUGAUAGGUGGUGGUGUCCUUGCUCACACCAUCCUGGGAGUGGACUUCAGUGACCAGACAGGACAGAUCAAGUUCCUGGUGCUGGACCCUCACUACGAAGGAGGGGAGGACCUGUCAGUCAUUCAGGGCAAGGGCUGGUGUGGCUGGAAGAGUGUGGACUUCUGGGACAAGACAACCUUCUACAACCUGUGCCUUCCUCAGCGACCAGACAUCAUAUGAGAAAUGAGAUGUUCAACAUCAUUAUCACAACGUUAUUCAGAAUCACGGUUGUGUAGCCUCAACACUGUGAACCCACUCUGCAGAGCUGCCUGAAAAUGUGGUGUGAAGACUAGCCGACUGCUGCCCACCCUUGUCAUGGACCCUCACAGCAGAAUAAUCAAAUGCUAAAUACUACAACUGCUAUUACUAACAGCAAUCUUUAACAGAGUCCACAAUUUCUGAAUUACCAGUUGUGUAAUACAUUGAUGGAAUUAUUGAACAAGUUGCUGAAAUAUCUAGUCCUGUUACACUCUUUUAUGAUAUAUGAUAUCUUCAGGUGAUAAGAUUUAAUUGUACAACAGAGACUCCACAACAAAACAAUAAAAAUUGAUACUAAAUACUGCUACUGCUACUACUACUACAGUCUUUAUUUCUAAAUCAUCAUUAGCAUCAUGUAAUGAACUGAUGGAAUUAUUGAACAAGUCAUUAAGAUUGCUAGUCCUGUUGCACUCUUUUAUGAAUCAUAACAUCUUCAGGUGAUAUGGCUUCUACAACAGAAUUUUAAAUGAAUAAGGAGAGUACUCCUCAGGUGAAACAAAUAUACAGAUAAAUAAAAAAAAAAUGAAAGUAACGAGAAAAAAGCUAACCAUGAACAGCUACAAUCGCACACUUCUCUAAAGUGCCAUGCCCUGUCGUGAUUUAAUUGUCUGUACUUUGCUGACUGCAAUAUACAUUUACAGAUUAAGCAGUUGCUGGAUUUAAUGUGUUAAAAGAGUUCCUUUUAUUGUGACUCGAGCUGUGCCAUUUACCUGUUCCACUCUAUGUAUCUUGAAAUACAAUGUAGUAUCCUCAUCAAUCAGUAUAUGCUCUCACAAUAACAUUCCACCUAUAACAGACUAAUGUUUGUAAUAAACGAAUCAAAAUGUUGACUGUUGACAUGUGUUAGAGAUAAAAGUUGAUUUAAAGCAG